AUGGCGCGCAAGAAACCGCAGCUAUUUCUCCUAUGUGACGGCCAGGGCUUCACGUGGAUCCCGCUGCUAACCGCGGAGUGGAAAAUAAAGUACCUCUUCUGCAGCGACGCAAAAAUGAAGAAAUGCUUUGUGGACACCUUCGGCCUGUAUGAUACACAAACGAACACCCACGACAAUGUCUUGAAGUUUAUUGAGCAGCAAAAUGUGGACAGCGUCCAUCUGCUCUUCAUAGCAAUGUCCACCUCGAAGCUGCACGAAUUAAUCUUGGAAUAUGUAAUAAACCAAAAAAAAUUUUAUUUUAUUUUUAGUUCAAAUUUACCAACAAUUAAUAUGAACAAGUUAGGAAAAUUAAAAGCGUCGCUAAAGAACUUUAAUAUGGACAGCCAUAUUAUAUACGACGUGAAGGAAGAAUUUAAAAAAACGCACAAGCAGUUUUAUUGGAAUAUCUUUAACGCCUUAACCAAUCAGCGUGUUUUUUAUAACCUCAAAAAUACACUCAGCGAGUUAGGGGAUCACAUAUAUGCUGUUCAAAUUGAGUCUACCUUCAUGCCAUUUUUAACAGACAAUGAGGGUAUAGAAAAUGUCCUUUUUUAUAAAACGGUGUUAAUUAUGUCCCUUAUUGAAUUUUUAUUUUCCAAGCCAAAAAGUGUAUCUGCAAAAUGCUACUCCGUUAAGUGUGAGAAUGUUACGGUCAAGUCCAUUGCGGGCAGUGCUCUCUUCGACUCGCUCAAUUGCUACUUUAAUAUUUCUCACAACUCGAGCAACAAGAUAUUUGAUGUUAAGGUGUUCGGUGACAACGGCUCCGUGGACGUCUCCUACAACGCCGAGCAUAACUGCUUCCAACUCGUGCGCUGCCUGAACCACUACGAGUACCCGAGUCUCUUCGUGGAGAGUGCCCACGAGAGCGCCCUGAACGAACUCAAAUACUUCGUAGAUGAGAAGCUAUACACCAAUAAAUACAUCAACAUGUACACGAACGCUGUGCACACAGCUCUCUGCUUAUGGAAAAGCAACGGAGAAAAUAUUUCCCUCGAGAGCAAGAAGCCUGAUGAGUGUGCUGCCACCGAUGCAGACAUGAUGGUGGAAGCAAUGAAGAACCUUAGCAUAACCGCCUGA